AUGAAUUCCCAAUUCCUGAUGGUUCCAUUCCCACCAACAAAGAACAAAGAUUCUCGCACAGAUAAUGCCCUUAAUAGUGUUUUUGGUGGAAAUGCACAAAAUGUAGUUUCAAUCGCAAAGAGAACAAGAUUUCCAACAUAUGAUGAACAAGCAUUCAAGCAAUACAUUCCAAUGCUCAACACAUUGCUUCAUGCAAAAGUUCCUACAUCAUACACAAAUCCAUUUAAAUCUGCCUACUAUUAUGAUUCUAAUGAUGGCAAAGUAGAAGUUGUAAAUACACUCUGGAACUAUCUUGCCACAUUACAUCAAAGAAUCCAAUUGAUUGAUUCUUCUUGUGUUGAUUAUCUCAGAGAAUUCAAUCCAAUUAUGGCAGAUUGUGAAGCAAUUACAGAGAACUUAGCAAUGCUGCUCAGUGAUAUGAGCCAUCCAUUCUUCAACAUGCUUAUUGUUGAAUAUACUAUGGCAUAUCACAAAUAUCUUAUUUCUUUAUGGCAAGUUGCAAUUCUUCAGGUCAGCGGCAAGAAUCCAAACUAUCUUGGAUGCCAAGCACUUACUGCCAUUGAACAAUUAAAGGAAUGUGUAAGAGUUGCAGAUCAAAUGCCAGAAGUUUCACGUUCUUACUUCUAUCCAAUCUCCACAUUAUCACUUGCAUACUACCAAGCAUACGCAUAUCUUCAAUUUGGCAAUUUCCAGAAGUCGAAUCAAGAAUAUGCUCUUGCAAUUCAAGCUUACCGCACAGGAUUCAACUUCAUUAACAGAAAGGUUGUUAAAGUUGACUUCUGCCAAUUCCUAUCUAAUGCUGUUACAACAAUGAAGAAGGCAAUUGAAACAACAAAAGAUUUCAGUGAAAGAGAAAAUCGUGAAGUAUACAUGGUGCGCAUUCCUGAAGGAGAUUACAAUGCUCCAAAACCAUUCCCAUUACAGAACAUCAAGAUGAACGAAAAGCUUCUUAUUUCCCAGCUUUUCAAGGAAGUUAAUGAAAUGAUCAGGAACGAUCCAUUCAAAGACAUGCAAGCACCAGAAGAAAAGGAAGAAGAGAAAGAAAUUGAUCCAUUUUCUGACUGGGAAGUUGUUUCUAAACUCAAAUCAGAUGCAAAUGACAAAGCAAAUCAUAUCCAACCAAUUCCUGAAAUCAAGUUUGAAAUAGAUUCAAUCAAGCAACAGUUAAGUAUUGGAGCCAAUUCUGAUAAUUUGAUCUCAAGCAUGAUCAACGAAUUCAGAAAAGGAAAUCCAAGUAUUAUCCGUGAAACUGUCCAGAAUUACAUCAGAAUGGCAAAAGAUUUCUAUACAUCAAUCAAUGCCAGACUUGACAAAUAUUCAACUUCAUAA